GCCUAUAAAUACGAUUCAGUUUCGAAUUUGCCUUCUCGUCUUUCUGUCUCUCAUUUCUUAACCCUCUCUCGGAAACUCAACGUUAGCGAGACACGCGAGGCGAUUCGUAGCUCCGAAAAAAAUAGUCGGAUCACACCUUGGAUUCCCGUACCGAAUCGGCGACCGAGACGCCUCUCUCCGUGGAUUGAAAAUAGAGAGAUUGCAUCUUCUUGGAUAUGGGGAGCCUCAUUCUUGGAGGAGACUGAAUUUCCUUUCUGGCAACCAGACCUUGGAGUUAUGACAAUUCUUGGUGUUCAAGAAUUUACUAGUAAGAUAACGAGAGAUUGCUAAGAAAAAAAUGAACUAAAUUAUGAUUGGAGAAAAGCCUCUCAAGUCCUUUUACAUAAGGUUUAAGAUUUGGCGAGUUCAGUUCUCGAUGGAGACUCAGUGCAGAGUUGCCAAUCGAGGUUGGGGCGUCUAUUGGUCCAGUAUAGUGGAUUUGGUUCCAAGACUUCAAGGAAUCAAGUGAUCAUGCGAUGCUAUUGGUUACUAUUCACAGCUGGAGGCUUGGGAGUCCCAAUAUAUUGGACUCUUAUAGAUCUACUUGUUUUGAUGAAUCAUUCUCUUGGAGUAUUGCUGAUUGGAGCUGUUCAACCUUACUUGGAUUAUGUUGUUGCUGAUUCCCAUUGGUCUGCAGCUGUAUGGAAGAAAGCAACAGUAUCAUGCGGUGUUUGCCUGGCAUGAUCGGAUGACUGAAAAUGUCUUUCUAAGUUUUAGAAUGAUUCUUAAACUUGUUCCCAUAUGCAGGUGCUUUAGGCUUAUUGCCAGCUUCUAGAUAGUUCAUUGUUUCAUCCACAGUAUCAAAUGGGGGAAGUGGCUAUGGCGAUUAAGCAUUCUGAGUCUCAACAAUAUUUGGAAGACAUGCAACACAUAACCUGCAAAAGCACCAAAACAGAGGCUAUUCACUCUGAACAGUCAGAUCAAGAGUGCAUGCUUGCUGAAGAAUCAACCGGUACUACAAAAACAGCUGAAGUAUUGGAGGAAGGAUUUAUGCAAUAUGGAUGUUCGCAUUAUCGACGAAGGUGCCACAUUAAAGCUCCUUGUUGCAAUGAGAUAUUCGAUUGUCGCCACUGUCAUAAUGAGGCAAAGAAUAACAUUAAUGUCGAUCCAAAGCAUAGACAUGACAUUCCACGCCAUCAAGUGAGACAGGUGACAUGUUCAAUAUGUGACACUGAACAAGAGGUUCGGCAAGUAUGCAUUAAUUGUGGUGUAUGUAUGGGAAAAUACUUCUGCGAGACUUGCAAGUUGUUUGAUGACGAUACAUCUAAGAAACAGUAUCAUUGCAAUGGCUGCGGCAUUUGCAGAAUAGGAGGCCGCGAGAAUUUCUUCCACUGCUACAAGUGUGGUUGUUGCUACUCUAUUCUCUUGAAGAACAGCCACCCUUGUGUGGAAGGAGCUAUGCAUCAUGACUGCCCUGUUUGCUUCGAGUAUCUGUUUGAUUCAAGAAACGAUGUGACUGUUCUGCCAUGCGGACACACUAUUCACAAAAACUGCUUGAAGGAGAUGCGGGAUCAUCUUCAAUAUGCUUGCCCUCUCUGCUCCAAGUCUGUUUGUGAUAUGUCCAAGGUAUGGGAGAAAUUUGACAUGGAGAUUGCAGUUACACCAAUGCCAGAACCUUAUCAAAAUAAAUUGGUUUGGAUACUUUGCAAUGACUGCGGGAAAACAUCAAAAGUGCAGUACCAUGUCGUGGCCCAGAAAUGCUUGAACUGCAAAUCCUACAACACUCGCCAAACAAGAGGCUGAGCAACUGACAGUGGCUAGAAUGGAUUGGCAAAAUCAAUCACAGCUACAACUGUGCUAAAAUUGGAUGCAUCCGUAAUUGGGGGUUUCCUCGACCAUUUCAAUUACCCAAGCAACAUCAUCGGUAAAACGGAAUUGUUAUCCACCCUUCUUGCUCCUGCAACAGCUUUUUCUCUGCCAAGAGAUCUGUCACGAUCCAACCUACCCUGCAGCCUGGUCUUUGCCAGGAGAUCAUCUGUCAUGAUCCACUUGCGUUCUCUUCUAUUUGUUAUGUUGUUUUUUUUUUUCCUGGUAUCCUUGUGGCCUUGCACUUGCAGAACUUCACCAAUGGUGGUAAUGAAGGAAAAGUUGUUUUUUCUCUUA